AUGGUAUUUAUGAUAUCUAACUGUCCUGAAAUUCAUUCAAAUUCCUAUCGUAUAUGUUUUGAUGUAUCAAACGGUCAAAAAAUUGGUUAUAUACGCCCAAUAUGGCCUGAUACAUAUAAUACAUUACCUGAUACUUCAUUUACAGAAGUUUACAACACAAUCAUUCGUUUGCUAUUAAAAGAAGAUAAACCAGUUGCCCAAAUUAAAGGUUAUUUCAAAGAGAUAAAUCCAUAUUUAUUAUUAUUUUUAAAUCGUCUAAAACAAAUUGAAAUUGAAUUCAACAGUUACAGUAGUACUGAUAGUAGGAUUAAAGAACACAAAUACUUUACUUGA